AUGGCGGAGGUGGUGAGUCCGGUGCCCGGGGCGGGGCGGAGGGAGCCAGGGGAGGUGGGUAGAGCCCGAGGCCCCCCAGUAGCCGACCCUGGCGCCGCGCUGUCUCCCCAGGGGGAGAUAAUCGAGGGCUGCCGCCUGCCCGUGCUGCGGCGGAACCAGGACAACGAAGAUGAGUGGCCACUCGCUGAGAUUCUGAGCGUGAAGGACAUCAGUGGCCGGAAGCUUUUCUACGUCCAUUACAUUGAUUUCAACAAACGCCUGGAUGAAUGGGUGACCCAUGAGCGGCUGGACCUGAAGAAGAUCCAGUUCCCCAAGAAAGAGGCCAAGACCCCCACCAAGAACGGACUUCCUGGGUCCCGACCCGGCUCACCAGAGAGAGAGGUGCCGGCCUCCGCCCAGGCCAGCGGGAAGACCUUGCCAAUCCCGGUUCAGAUCACACUCCGCUUCAACCUGCCCAAGGAGCGGGAGGCCAUUCCCGGUGGCGAGCCCGACCAGCCGCUCUCCUCCAGCUCCUGCCUGCAGCCCAACCACCGCUCAACGAAACGGAAGGUGGAGGUGGUUUCACCAGCAACUCCAGUGCCCAGCGAGACAGCCCCGGCCUCAGUUUUCCCCCAGAAUGGAUCAGCCCGGAGGGCAGUGGCAGCUCAGCCCGGGCGGAAGCGGAAAUCGAAUUGCUUGGGCACUGAUGAGGACUCCCAGGACAGCUCAGAUGGAAUCCCGUCCGCUCCUCGCAUGACUGGGAGCCUGGUAUCUGACCGGAGCCACGACGACAUCGUCACCCGGAUGAAGAACAUCGAGUGCAUCGAGCUGGGCCGGCACCGCCUCAAGCCGUGGUACUUCUCCCCGUACCCUCAGGAGCUCACCGCGCUGCCCGUCCUCUACCUCUGCGAGUUCUGUCUCAAGUAUGGCCGAAGCCUCAAGUGUCUGCAGCGUCACUUGACCAAGUGUGACCUGCGACAUCCUCCAGGCAAUGAGAUAUACCGCAAGGGUACCAUCUCCUUCUUUGAGAUCGAUGGACGUAAGAACAAGAGCUACUCCCAAAACCUGUGUCUUCUGGCUAAGUGUUUCCUCGACCACAAGACGUUAUACUAUGACACAGACCCUUUCCUCUUCUACGUCAUGACAGAGUAUGACUGCAAGGGCUUCCAUAUAGUGGGCUACUUCUCCAAGGAAAAGGAGUCCACGGAAGACUACAACGUGGCCUGCAUCCUGACCCUGCCCCCCUACCAGCGCCGGGGCUACGGCAAGCUGCUGAUCGAGUUCAGCUACGAACUCUCCAAAGUGGAAGGGAAAACGGGGACCCCCGAGAAGCCCCUCUCGGACCUUGGCCUCCUGUCCUACCGAAGCUACUGGUCCCAGACCAUCCUGGAGAUCUUGAUGGGGUUGAAGUCAGAGAGCGGGGAGAGGCCACAGAUCACCAUCAAUGAGAUCAGUGAAAUUACCAGCAUCAAGAAGGAGGAUGUCAUAUCCACUCUACAGUACCUCAACCUCAUCAACUACUACAAGGGCCAGUAUAUCCUCACCCUGUCGGAGGACAUCGUGGAUGGGCACGAACGGGCUAUGCUCAAACGGCUUCUUCGGAUCGACUCCAAGUGUCUGCACUUCACUCCCAAGGACUGGAGCAAGAGGGGAAAGUGGUGA